GUUAGCCGUUCUUUAAGUUUUUUAUAGGUUAUACAUCGAAAGUUGAUCUAAUGUCUCUAUGAAAACAAAAUGUUACUGGAAUAGUACAACUCGCUUCUCGAAAGCUGUGAAUAACAACCACUUUAAAAGCGUGUAUAUUCCGAAUACUUAAGUGUAUCUCUUUUAGUAGUUGAAAAUGAAGGAGCCUAACGAGUUUACCAAAACGAACUAAACGCCAGUUACUAAUAUUAGCAUCCACCGGAUUCUCCGGAACCGUUUAGAUCCGGGAUGGAACCUGGCGUACCAACAUUCAACAUCCUUCAGGAUAUGCGUCGCCUUGGUUGUAGCAGGGAAACCCACUGUGCAACAGCAUACCGGCUCUAUCUACAUCUUUGUGAAGAGCGUUGCCUCUGGGAUGUCCAGUAUCAUUACUCGCAGGAACUGGACGUGAUCUACCUCACAGCGCGCAAACAAAAGGAUCCUUCGUCGGCAACAGACAUUUACAUUCCGAUGGCUUCUUUCGAAGACCUCCCAAUGGAUGACGUAGAACGCUACCAAAUGGUUCUGGGUGAGUCCAAUAAAGAAGUUUCAUGUCCCAGCAGCAUUGUGUUCGGUUUCUGUGAUCCCAGCUCAACGGUAUUGUUGUAUCGGAUGACGAACACAAUUAAACCCCUGACUGAGAAGCCACUCUCUCGAAACAAGCGCAAUAAGGAAAUGGAGCCAGAGGCUCACUGUAGUAGAAGUAAAGUUGUUUAAAAAAACUCAAAUUAAAGAACUUUUCGGGUUCCGUUUUAGAAAUAUUACAUCCACUCUCUGGAAGCUUUGUUUAAAUUACAGAAUAAGUAGUAUUAAUAUAUUUCUGUUUUAUCUUUCUCUGAUUCUGUAUAUUGUUAUUGAUUUUAGUGUCUGCUGCAAUCAUAGAAUCGGUUGUCCUCGUCUUUCGUUUGUUUCCAUUCUUUUUUUUUUAAUUUUCCCAUUUUCUAUUCUUUUUUUUUGACUAGAAUUAAUCUGUUUUUUAUCCUCGUUUUUCCUAUGCCCAUACUUUUUUUUUUGCUUAAAUCAGCAUAAUUUGCAGCUUAACUAUGAUAGCGCGAUAGACUGCUUGCCUUACUUGGCUUCUUAUGUCUAUUAUAGAUGUGGUUAUCGUCUAAGUAGCGCAUGACAGACAUGAUGAUAGUUCAGAUUGGAGUGCCGCCUCUAGCU